UUUAACCUAAGUUAUCAAAACUCUUUUCUGUACCUUUUAGCAUCAUUAACUACGUACAUUCACUGCAAUUACAACCGCAAGAGCUCUUUCUGCUUCUUCUGCUGUGAGGAGAGAGAUGGGACUUGUUACGGUCGGAGAACUGAAGCCAACUUUCACAGGGAAGAGAGGGUUUCGUCUGAAUUCAAGCAUCAGACAUGCUUCUGAAUGGCCUAUCUCUGAUGUCUCUAGUGAUCUUACAGUUCAAGUUGGAUCUUCAAGUUUCUGUCUUCAUAAGUUUCCUCUUGUGUCUCGGAGUGGAAAGAUCCGGAAGCUUCUUACCGAUUCAAAAACCUCUAGUAUCUGUCUCCCAAGUGUUCCUGGAGGAGCUGAGGCCUUUGAGCUCGCAGCUAAGUUCUGCUACGGAAUCAACAUUGAGAUCAACCUUCUCAACGUAGCUAAGCUUCGUUGCGCAUCUCACUACCUAGAGAUGACUGAGGAGUUCUCAGAGGAGAAUCUCGCAAUCAAAACAGAACACUUCUUCAAAGGAACGAUCCUCCCAAGCAUCUCCAACUCCAUCCUCGCUCUACAUCACUGCGAAGCCCUUGUCCCAGUCUCCGAAGAUCUCAACUUGGUGAACCGUUUAGUCAUAGCUAUCGCCAACAACGCCUGCAAAGAACAGCUCACCUCGGGUCUGUUAAAGCUAGAUUACACGUUUUCGGGUGCCAACAUCGAGCCGGAGACUCCGUUAGACUGGUGGGGGAAGUCGCUAGCUGUUUUGAACCUUGACUUCUUCCAGAGAGUUGUCUCUGCUGUUAAGUCAAAAGGGCUUAGACAAGACGUGAUCAGCAAGAUACUGAUCAGUUACACGAACAAGUCUCUUCAAGGGCUAAUCAUCCGCGAUCCAAAGCUCGACAAAGAAAGGGUUAUCGAUUUGGAGUCGAAGAAGAAACAGAGAAUGAUUGUAGAAACAGUCGUUAGGUUACUUCCUACGCAAGGAAGAAGAAGCUCUGUUCCGAUGGCGUUCCUCUCAAGUCUUCUCAAAAUGGGCAUCGCUACAUCAUCAGGAUCAUGUAGAUCAGAGUUAGAACGAAGGAUAGGUCUUCAGCUAGACCAAGCUAUCCUCGAAGAUGUCUUGAUUCCGACAAAUCUCAACGGAAACAACAACACGAUGUACGACACUGAUUCGAUCUUGAGAAUCUUUUCUAUAUUCUUAAACCUAGACGAAGAAGACGACGAAGAAGAACAAGAUCAACAUCAUCGUAACCGUUUUGGAGACGAAACAGAGAUGAUUUACGAUUUCGACUCUCCAAAACAGAGCUCCAUCUUGAAAGUAUCGAAGCUAAUGGAUAACUACUUAGCAGAGAUAGCUUUGGACCCGAACCUAACGACUUCAAAGUUCAUUGCCUUAGCAGAGCUCUUGCCAGAUCAUGCACGUAUCAUCAGCGAUGGACUAUAUCGAGCCGUUGACAUUUAUCUCAAAGUUCAUCCGAAUAUAAAGGAUUCAGAGCGUUAUCGUUUAUGUAAGACGAUAGAUUCGCAGAAACUAUCACAAGAAGCUUGUAGCCAUGCAGCGCAAAACGAGAGGCUGCCCGUGCAGAUGGCGGUGCAAGUGUUGUACUUUGAGCAGAUCAGACUCAGAAAUGCUAUGAGCAGUAGCAUUGGUUCUACUCAGUUUCUGUUCAGUGGUAACUGUCAUCAGUUUCCUCAACGGGCAGGAAGUGGAGCAGGAAGUGGAGCGAUAUCUCCAAGAGAUAACUAUGCAUCAGUGAGGAGAGAAAAUAGAGAGCUAAAACUUGAAGUUGCGAGGAUGAGGAUGAGACUAACGGAUCUAGAGAAAGAUCACAUCUCGAUUAGACAAGAGCUUGUUAAGUCUAAUCCAGGGACUAAGCUUUUCAAGUCAUUUGCUAAAAAAAUAAGCAAACUCAAUUCUCUUUUCAGCUUCAGUAGUCUUAAACAUUCAUUGAGCGCAAAGGCAAGUACUGAUAGCCGUUUCUUGUUUCAGAGAAAAAGACGCCACUCGGUUUCUUGAUUAAGACAUACAAUCAUCUUCAUAUGUUUUUUUUUCCUUCGGGAGUUUGAGUUGUGAUUGCGUGUGUAUGUAUAGCUUAUAUUAUAUGCUUGUGUUUUAUGAAAUGUGAGCGAUGCUGUUAAUUUGGUCGGGUCUUUGCUAUUUGCUUGCAUAAAAUGUGAUUAGGAGAACUCGA